UUCCUCCGGAUCUUUCUGCCUUAGAAGGGAUUAUAUCCUCUAAAUAUAGAAUAUUUGUAAGCAAGGAAUAUUGUUCAUGAUGAACAAUACUUUGUACAUGUCAGCAAGUGCCUUUCCUUUAUCUUCUUCUCACAUUCUCAUCUUUUCAUUUCUUCUUGACCAUUUCUCGCCAGUCGCCAUACUUGCCAUUUUGUAUAAGCGGGUCCCAUUCUCGCCAUUCUUGACAUUCUUUAACUCAGGUAAAGAUGAAAUGGUGUGCUUAGUCAUUCUCGCCAUUCUCUGUCAGCAGGUGCCAGUCUCACCUUUGGUAAGAGCUGCAGUCCUUCCAUCUAUCACUUGGCCAAGGCCUCAAGAAAAAUUGAAAUCAAUUCCUUGUGAGUGAAGAAGCCCAUCUCUUUUGAGCUCCCAUUUCUAGUGACUAUAAGUGCAGCUCCGCCAUUUCCAGUGACUAUAGCCAUCAAUGGUAAGUUUUCGAAUUUUGUAAAAUUAAAUUGAUGGGUUUCGAAUUUUCAUCUCGAAUUUAUUAUUCAUUCUAAGCAGUGAGUGAAGAAGCCCAUCUCUUUUGAGCUCCCAUUCUAGUGACUAUAAUCGCAGCUCCGUCAUUUCCAGUGACUAUAGCCAUCAAUGGCUAGUCAGUGUGAUUCCUUUACAAUAAAAUGGUGGUUUGGUGGGGUGUUUAAAAAGACAAGGUUUGAAUUAGAGUAUGUGGGUGGUAUGUGUAAAUCCAUGAGCAUAGAACCUGACAAGUUAUCUUGGUUUGAACUUAAGGGAAUAGUUGAGGAAGAUAUUGGUUUCAAGUCUCCAUUUAGCUUAUACUACUUAGAUCCUAAGGCAAUGACUUUUGAGGAAGGGUUGAAGAAACUAAUCAAUGAUGUUUCUGUAAGUGAAAUGGGUAAUGUUGGUACUGACUUUAGGGCUGUAGAUGUAUAUGUUGUUGAUGUUAAAGAUGAUGACAAAUUGUCUGUGAAAAUGAAAAAAGAAUUCAGUACUGUAGGUAAAGCAUAUGGCUUUGUAGGUGAAAGGAAGAAAUUAACUCCUAGGAAAGCACAUAAAGAUACAUGUGAGGCAAGUGGUUCCCAAGACCUCAUUAUAAAACCCAACCCACCUAAUAUUUCAGAUAUUUGUAAUGAAUCUGAAAAUCAAAGUUGCUUUCUUCAUAUCCCAAACAGCCCCAUAAACUCACAACAUGAAAAGAAUUAUAAGCUAAUCCCCAUCGAACAAGGUUUAUCUGAAGAUGAGCUAGAUUUUACUUGUGAUUGGUAUGAGACUUGGCCUGGUAAAAUUGCAUCUGGUGAGAUAAAUGAGGGUUAUGAAGAAGCUUUUGAAGAUGAAGAUGAUAGCACAAAUCUAGACUAUAUCAUAUCAGAUGAGGAUGAAAUUGAAGGAGAUUGGUCAAUUGAGCUUGUUUUGAGUGAGGACUUGUUAGUGGAGGAGGAUGAAGGUGUUGUUCAAUCAAAUUUGAAGAUUGGUGAGUGCUCUUUCAAUGAUAUUGUGUCUGAAUAUGAAAAUAGUGAUGAUGAAAUUGUCACACCUACUAUAGUAAAUGAUAAAACAGAUUUUAGGAGGUUUAAAUGGUGUGUUGGAAUUGUUUUUGGUAAUUCUCUUGAAUUUAGACAAGCUGUUACUAGAUAUGCUAUUGAUCAAGGGAGAAAUGUUAAAAUUUGUGCAAGUGACAAAAAAAGAUUGCAAAGAAUUGGAGUAAGAUGUGUUGAAGGGUGUCCAUUUAGGAUUUUUGCUAGUUGGGAUAGGAAGACGGCUUCAUGUGUUGUGAAAACAGUGGAUGGUCAACAUACUUGUCAAAGGAAUAUGGAUUCAAAUAGGCAAUUCAAGGCUUCUUGGUGUGCGGAAGAGUUACUUGAUCUGUUCAAAAGUAGACCACACAUAGCAUCAUCUGAAAUUAUAGACAUUGUGAGGAAGAAUUACAGGAUAAUUAUUACUAGGGUUUUGCAUAUAAGAUUAAAUAUGCUACUCACAGAAAGUUACAUGGUUCAAUGAAGCAACACUACUCCAAGCUAAUGAGUUACAUGGAAGCACUGAAAUAAAGUAGCCCAAAAAAGCCAUUUUACAAUUGUCACUGAUGGGAAUAUUGAUAGGUCGUUUAUGUACUACCAAACAAUUCCUAAUAUGCAACUAGUAUAGCAGCAGUUAGGGUCGAAUCCACAGGGAACAAUAUAGUAACUGAUUAUUUUCCGGCUACCAAUUGAUCCUAGGUAACACACAAAUUUGGAGGAUAUAUGUCUAAACUAACUAAACAACUAGAGCGCAAACAAUUAAAUUAGAAAAGUAAAUCGAUGAUACUAAAACAUCCAGGGAUAAACUUCCCCACUAGCAUGAUAUGAUGACAAUGAGAUCCUACUACCCUUACAACAAUCAUAACCAAGUUCAAUAGGACGAAUACACCAUUAAGAAUACUAAUAACUCCUUUCGAAGACUAUUAGCUUCACUACCAUACUAUCAAACAUAUUUUCAUGGAAUCAAGUAUAGUAAUGACAUUGAGCACAAUAUUCUAUAAGAUCCAACAAUCAAAUCUAUCUAUUUUCAUGAAGAUUAUCAAGCCCUUGAUCUAAAAGGCCAUUCAUUCAACUCUAACUUUCGUUAACGAUGAAUAAAUUGUUAACUACAAUUUCCAAAGUUUCCAUUGAAAAACGUAAGUUAACUAGCAUAAGAGAUCAAGCAUGAACAAGGAUUGUGCAUAACAAAAAGGGAUUGGAACUCAAUAAUUCAUCAUCAAACAUGGCUAGGGUUCCAUCUAACCUUAGAUUAAGAAACUACUCACACAUAUUAAAUGCAACAAUACAAGAAUUCAUUAAAGGAAACAUGAUUAAAAAUAAUAACAAGAAAAGGGAUAAAGAAAUAGUACUUGAAUUCGAAUACCAAAUGAUGAACGAAAGUAAAUGAAGUUACAAAGUUUCUUUCCCAAAGUGAA